CCUCGGCCAGGUGGAGACGAGGAAGAGGGACCAAGCGAGGCUCUUCCUGCCCGGGAGGCGGAGGCGAGCGCCGCGUGCUCUCCUUCGGGUGGCUCCCUUCCUGGACCCGGCUCCCUCUGUGGCUGCCGGUCGGCGCUCCCUCCCCGCCCACGCCUUCCUCUCUCCGCCGCCUGAACUCCCAGGGAUCCCGCUCCGCUAACUGAAUUAUCCUGUUCAAGAUGGCCGACAGUGACAAGAAUGGAAGCAGCCGCUCUAGCACUAGCAGCAGUCGUCUCCAGAGCAAGAAGCCUCCCAAUCUCUCCAUCACGAUUCCUCCUGUGGAGGUGGAGGAUGAAAAUAGCCAAACAGUGCUUUUGAAGAAGAAUCCACCUUUACAAAAAAGUGUAAGCCUUCAAGAGUCUAGGAUGAAAAGACAAGAUAGUCAUUUUGAAAAACAUCCUGGGUUGCACCGGCAAACGUCACUGUCCCAAAGUAUUCGCAAAGGGGCGGCCCAGUGGUUUGGAGUUAGCAGCGACUGGGAUGGAAAACGGCAGCUCUGGCAGCGCAAGAGCUUGCAGCACUGCAGCCUACGGUACGGGAAACUCAAAGCAGCCUAUCGGGAAAUGGAGCUGCCCAGCCAAGAAGUCCCUUCCUUUCAAGGCACAGAGUCCCCAAAGCCCCAGAAGAUGCCCAAGAUCGUGGACCCUUUGGCCCGAGGCCGGCCCUUCCGGCAUCCAGACGAAGUGGAUCGGCCCCGCACUCCACAUCCUGUUCUGCCCCCUCUAACUCCUGGAGACAUCUCUUUGACAUCCUUGGGCAGUGUUCGGUCCGGCUACACCCGCCUUCCACGCAGGAAGCGGGAAUCAGUGGCCCAUAUGAGCUUCAAGGCAGCUGCAGCCAUUAUCAGAGGACGCUCAGUUCUGGAGCCAUCAGCACCAAAACGGAGGUUCAACAAACGAAGCUUUGUUUAUCCCAGCUUCAUGGAUGACGAUGUGGUGGAUGGCAUAGAAACAUUUGAUUCCUCCUUCUUCAGUAAGGUUGAUGCACAUGAUGAGAUGUGCUCCAUGCCAGAUGAUGUAUUUGAAUCUCCUCCCCUUUCUGCCACUUGUUUUCGAGGACUUCCUCAGCUAGAGGAUGGCAAGUCUCCUGAAGCUGAGCAUCCUCUUCAGCGUGCAGGAGGAGCUGCUGCUGCUGCUUCUGCUAAAGGGCAGCCAUCAUCAGCUACUGUUUCCAAGAGAGGCACUCGGAUCGCCUCUCAAGUGAAGCACUUUGCCUUUGACCGCAAGAAGCGAUAUUAUGGGCUGGGAGUGGUGGGCAAGUGGCUGAACAGGACGUAUCGCCGAAGCAUCAGUAGCGUGGUGCGCUCCCAGCUGGAGCUCACGGAUAACCACCGACCCUACUUCACCUACUGGAUCACCUUUGUCCACAUUAUUAUCACUCUUCUCAUCAUUUGCACUUAUGGGAUUGCUCCAAUUGGCUUUGCCCAACACCUGACAACAGCAUUAGUUCUGCGAAACAAAGGUGUAUAUGAGAGUGUGAAAUAUAUCCAGCAGGAGAACUUUUGGAUUGGCCCAAGCUCGCUGGACCUGAUCCACCUAGGGGCCAAGUUCUCCCCUUGCAUCCGGAAGGACCAACAGAUUGAGAAGCUGAUCCAAAAAGAGAGAGACAAAGAACGAAAUUCAGGCUGCUGUGUCCAAAAUGAUAAUUCAGGAUGUGUUCAGACACUGCGAGAGGAUUGCUCAGAAACAUUGGCCACUUUUGUGAAGUGGCCAGAUCAUAAUCCGCCAGCUGUUGAUCCCAGUAAUUCCAGUCUGAAGAGGUCUUCAGGAGCGGUUUGUUCUCAAGAUCCCAGGACUUGUGAGGAGCCAGCUUCAAAUCGACCUCACAUCUGGCCAGAUGACAUCACUAGGUGGCCGAUCUGUACCUAUCAGGCCAAAAAUAAUCACACUGGCUUCUUGCAUAUGGACUGUGACAUUAAAGGAAGACCUUGCUGUCUUGGAACCAAAGGCAGCUGUGAGAUCACUACUCGGGAGUACUGUGAAUUCAUGCAUGGCUACUUUCAUGAAGAAGCAACUCUCUGUUCACAGGUACACUGCAUGGGGGAAGUGUGCGGCCUCUUGCCAUUUCUGAACCCAGAGAUUCCCGAUCAGUUCUACAGACUCUGGUUGUCCUUAUUUCUUCAUGCUGGGGUUAUCCACUGUCUGGUGUCAGUGAUCUUCCAGAUGACAGUGCUCAGGGAUUUGGAGAAGCUAGCAGGCUGGCUUAGAAUCACCAUCAUUUUCGUUCUCAGCGGCAUCACAGGCAAUCUUGCCAGUGCCAUCUUCCUGCCAUACAGGGCAGAGGUGGGGCCCGCAGGAUCACAGUUUGGCUUGUUAGCCUGCCUUUUUGUGGAACUGUUCCAGAGCUGGCAAGUGCUAGAGAAGCCCUGGAAGGCUUUCCUAAACCUUUCUGGAAUUGUCCUUUUUCUCUUUGUCUGUGGCCUCCUUCCAUGGAUUGACAAUAUUGCCCACAUAUUUGGCUUCCUCAGUGGGCUCUUGCUUUCGUUUGCCUUUCUACCUUACAUCACCUUUGGCACCAUGGACAAGUACCGCAAGCGGGCCAUGAUCAUCAUCUCACUAGUGGUUUUUGCAGGCCUUUUUGCCUCUCUUGUAAUCUGGCUUUAUGUGUACCCCAUUAAUUGGCCCUGGAUUGAACAUUUAACCUGCUUGCCUUUUACCACCAAGUUCUGCGAGAGGUAUGAUUUGGAUCAGGUCUUGCAUUGAUGGAGCUGGAAGCCUGUUUGAACAUUAUUUAAUGGAGAAGACUUCGAACAUGCUGAAUUUCGAACAAUAAGUGGACCGAGGCAGCUCUGCCAGUGCAAAGCAGGGCACCUUUGUUCUCAGUCCCUUUGCAAUUCCCAGGAUCCUUUCAUAGACCAGGGCAUGAAGCAAAACAAUUGGGCAUAUCCUGUCACCUUUUGCAAAACUUCCUGGAGGGGAGCAAAACAGAAAUGCUUCAUGAUCAUACUGGGCAUCUGGAUGCUAUUAUUGAGAGGUACUGUUAUAAAGUCGGUGCAUUAUUGGUCGAAGCUUUAAUGCCAAAACAUUCCCAGACCACCAUGCCAGACAGUUUGCAGCACAACAGAGACGCUACCCGCUCUGCCUUCUAUUCCAGGUGCCUUGGAAUGAGUUAGUAAAGGUUCCACUGGCAUUCUUGGUCUUUAGGACAGACUGGCCCUUUCCUGGAAUGGAGAUCUGGCAGAAAGUAACAUUAAAAGAGCACCUUUGUGAUGAGGCAAUAUCUUGCUUCACUUUUUCUACUUAGCACCUGCCUCUCUAUGGACUUUUGUUGGAUGUUUGUUUUAUGCAAUUCCUGGUUUCAAGAGUUUCUUUCUUGAUGCCUUCUUUUGGCAUGAGAUGGUGCUUGAACUUUAUGGCAGUUUCCCCUUAGUGCCUUUUUGUGGUACUAGGAAUUGUACUGUGAAAAUAACUCCCUUCUUUGUCCAAGGGGUAUUUUUAUAUGCAUUUUUUCUAACAGUCACAAUUUUCUAUGUGUACCCAGAGACAGACACUUUUUGGCAAAGAGCAUUAAUGCUUUUAAAGAAACCUUGUGUCAUCUGUAAUAAAUGCUAGUGGCCAUAUAUAGUAGCUGGAAAAUACAGAGACUUCGAGUUGUUGUAGGAACAUGGCUCGAAGGAGACCUUUUCUUGCACAGGAAAGACAAGCAGAUUUUGAAAGUGACAAAAUGGGGAGUGGGAAAAUAAUGUUUUGUUCAAAUAAAUAACUUUCAAACA